AGAGAGUGUCAACAUGGCGGGGGGAACGGUGCUGGGAGCGUUGAAAUUUAUAAUAAAAAACGUGCUCUACCGUACACUUUUAAUCCUUGUAUUAAUUAAUACUGUAAACUGUGCAAACUCGGUAGCAGGCGUACACGUAUUGCCUGUUGCUGACACCAACUGGACGCUGAUUCUUCAGGGAGAAUGGAUGUUGAAAUUCUAUGCUCCAUGGUGCCCAGCUUGUCAGCAGAUACAGCGCGACUGGGAGGACUUUGCAAAGCAGAGUAAAGCUCUUGGCAUCAGUGUGGGAAAGGUCGACGUUUCACAGCAGCCAGGUUUGAGUGGACGUUUUCUUGUCACAACACUGCCAACAAUUUUUCAUGCCAAGGAUGGACUGUUCCGGAGGUACCUUGCUUCCAGGAGUGUGGAGGACCUUCAGAGUUACAUUAGAGAAAAGAAAUGGGAAUCUGUGGAGCCUGUUCCAGCAUGGAAAUCUCCUUCUUCCAUUGCGAUGACAGGAAUGUCAGGUCUAUUUCGUCUGUCAGUUUGGAUCAGACAUAUCCAGAGUUACAUGACUGAUACGCUAGGGAUUCCUGUUUGGGGAUCUUAUGCUGUCUUUGCUCUUGCAACUUUGUUAACUGGACUUCUCCUUGGCCUGAUGCUAGUGUUAAUUGCUGACUGCCUUUGUCCAUCGAAGCCUAGAUACAAAGAAGUAACAACAGAAGUGUACAUGAAGGAGGAGCUUUCUGAUGAAGAAGAGGAGGAUGUUCCCACAGAAAAGAAGCAGUUGUCUGAUGCUGAGGAUGAAAGAGAGAACCUAAGUGACAAGGCCUCAGGGGAAGAUUCAGCUGGUGAUGAGGCUUCUGGUCCUGAGGAGCUGGCAGUAGAUUCAGUCGAUGGCCUGCCCUCUGAAAGUGGAAUGAGGAAACGGAAACCUCAAAUAUCAGAGCUGCCGGAUGAGCUCUAAGCACAAACACCUUUAAGAUAAGAAAUGGGGACCAAAGAGAAAUACCAUUUAAGGAUCAUGUAGUGGAAGUAUAAACAUCAUCAUUUUUAUCAUGUUUAGUUUUAUACAAGAUGCAGCAAAGGGAAAAGUUUCUCUUUUUAUGAAGGUCUGUAAAUAUAUUUUUCUAUUUCUUGCCUAUAAAAAAUUACGGGAAUGGACACACACUUUUUGCAA